AGACUCGCAGCUGAAGAGCAAAGUCAGCUGGAUAAGCAGGAGGCUUCCAACAGGAAAAGAAAUUCCUCCUUCCCUUCUGAUUCAUUCACUCUUUGCUGUAACUCCGACGCUGCCCGAGCUCUGAGGGCAAAGGAGAACCAAGCCAUGGCCUUACCGACCCAGCAGGCUGAUGAGUUGCGCCUCUACCAGCAAACUCUGCUCCAAGAUGGACUCAAGGACAUGCUGGACCACGACAACUUUAUAGACUGUGUUCUAAAGAUCCAGGGCAAGGAGUUUCCCUGCCACCGCCUGGUGCUGGCCGCCUGUAGCCCUUACUUCCGAGCCAUGUUCCUUUCCAACCUGGAGGAGGGCAAGAAGAAGGAAAUUGACCUAGAAGAUGUCGAUCCAGACGUGAUGGGGAAGAUCCUCCAUUAUAUCUACACUUCUGAGAUCGAGAUCACAGAGAAGAACGUCCAGGACAUAUUCUCGGUGGCCAACAUGUUCCAGAUCCCCUCGAUAUUCACAGUGUGUGUGUCUUUCCUCCAGAAGAAGCUCUGCCUUAGCAACUGUCUGGCCAUAUUCCGCCUGGGCUUGCUGUUGGAUUGUCCCCGUCUGGCCGUCUCCGCCAGGGACUUUGUAUGCGACCGAUUCCACCUGAUUGCCAGAGACGAAGAGUUCUACGACCUUUCCCCCGAUGAGCUGAUUGCCGUUAUCUCCAGCGACUCCCUCAACAUUGAGAAGGAAGAAGAAGUCUUUGAGGUGGUCCUGAAAUGGGCGUUGAAAGAGAAAGAAAAACGCGCCAAGGCGUUGCCCAUCAUCUUUGAGAGCAUUCGCUUCCGCCUUAUACCCCAAGACUAUAUAAAGAACAAGGUGGAGAAGCACGAGUUGGUCAAGUCCGACAAGGAACUCUUGAAGAAACUCCAGAUGGUCAAAGACGCCCAAGAAGGAAAAUUACCUGCGGCCGUAAAGAAAACCCCUUCAAAAGCGAGUGAGGGCAAAGAUGGGGAAGGCGUAGUCAACGGGGACUUGGAGGAAGAGGAAGAAGCCCUUCCUGGAAUUCUGAACGACACGCUCAGGUUCGGCAUGUUUCUAAAGGAUAUGAUAUUCAUGAUCAGCGACACUGGGGCGGUGGCCUACGACCCAAGCGCUAACGAAUGCUUCUUCGCCUCACUCUCCGCCCAGAUCCCCAAAAACCACGUCAGCCUGGCCACUAAGGAGAACCAACUCUUUGUAGCUGGCGGCCUUUAUUAUAAUGAGGAAAACAAGGACGACCCACUGAGCUCUUACUUCCUGCAGUUCGAUCACCUGGAUUCUGAUUGGCUGGGAAUGCCCCCUGUCCCCUCAGCACGGUGCCUGUUUGGUCUCGGGGAGUCGGACAAUUCCAUAUACCUGAUUGGUGGAAAGGAACUAAAAGAAGGAGAACAGACGCUGGACACUGUUCUAUGCUACGACCGUCCGUCAUUUAAAUGGGGAGAGUCGGACCCGCUACCCUAUCAAGUGUACGGUCACACCGUGGUGUCCCAUGAUAAUCUGGUCUACGUUCUUGGAGGCAAAGGAAAUGAAAAGAAAUGUUUAAAAAGAGUUUGUGUCUACAACCCCAAGAAGUUUGAAUGGAAGGACCUAGCACCAAUGAAAACCGCUCGGUCGCUAUUCGGAAGCACUGUCCACAAGGGAAAGAUCUUAAUCGCCGCCGGAGUUACAGACACGGGUUUAACCAACACCAUCGAAGCGUAUGAUGUCAAGACCAAUAAGUGGGAGGAGUUCACAGAGUUCCCCCAGGAACGUAGCUCCCUCAGCCUCGUCAGCAUGAACGGGACCCUUUAUGCUAUUGGGGGAUUUGCCACCACGGAGAACGAAUCGGGGGAGUUUGUUCCGACAGAACUGAACGACAUAUGGAGGUUCAACGAAGAGGAGAAGAAAUGGGAAGGAAUUCUUAGAGAGAUUCGAUAUGCGUCUGGAGCGACCUUCGUUGCAGCGCGGCUCAAUAUCCUGCGACUAACGAAGAUGUAACGACGCGCCAGGCAAUGGAAGCUUAGGCCAAGGAUAUAGAGAACAUGAACGAACUAUGGGGCUUACUGAUGGUGGGACAUGUUGCUGGGUCAAAAUAUUCCUAAGGCCCCACCCCUGAGGAGCAAAAGGCAUUCCUGCCUAACAUUUUCCUGUGCUCUAGAAAGGCACAACCUCGGCCCAGGAGCUGACAAUUCCUUACACAGUUUGUAGCUAUCAACUCCCUGUCAUUUCUACGUGUGCGGCCACAAUGCCCAACAGUAGCCAUCCUAGCCACAGAGGCAGUUCAAGCUGAUAUUAUGGUACAUAUACCCACAGAUUAUAUCAUUGGUAGGGAUGCACUGAAUCCAGGAUCAGGUUCAGCAGGAUUUGGCCAAAUCCAAGUGUCUGGCCGAUUUGGGUUCAGUUCAGUAUUCGGAUGAAUCUUUCACAAAGAAUUUGUUGUUCGGUCAAACCCCAAAAUAAUGGAUUUGGUGCAUCCCUAUUUGUAGGAAACCAAAGCCCCAUCUCAACAUAUGCAACCAUUCCUCACCUGAGGCAGCAUUUUACCCCCAAAAAAUCCUUACAACCCCAAUCGGAGCUCUCCUAGACUGGUCUGAAUCACACCCAGUUGCUAAAUGAUUUUCAAAAAAUUGCCUGCAGUCCAGUAAACUGGUCUGGUACAAUUCCAGCAAUGAAAAUGAGCAAUUGGUUGCCAUGGGUUACUGGACCAGGGCAGGUACCUAAAUUCCCCGAUACCUAUCAAAGUAAGGAUCUUCGGUUCCUUAUCUAUAGCUAUACUAAAACUCCCAGAAUUCCCAGCCAGCACGGACUUCCUGCAAUAAAGGUCAGCCGCUAAUGCUUUUAAUUGGCUGUCGGGGCAACACCGGUAUCCCCAUAGGCCUCUGUUUGUACAGGAAACAAUAUAUUUAUGGUUGCACAAGGAUUUUUAUAUUUGAAUCUUCAAACUCAACGUACAAAAUCAGUGCUAAUUCUACUGAGAUUUUUACAUGAUAAAGGAAAAUAAAGAUACAAAAAUCUGCUUUCUGG